UUUCCUCUUCCGGGUCCCAGGCCGGCCUCCCUUCGCCACGACCCGGUAGUCAACCACGUUGUGAGCCGUGGAGACGUCGUAGACUCUACUAGCUUCCGGGACGCGCCGAGAUAGCUGCAACUCUACUCAAGACACCCACGGCCACGAGGGACUGCUGUUAAUUCUGUUUAAAAUGGGUGUAAAGAAGAAGAGAGAAAUACAAGUUGCUGCAUUGACUGUUCGUCAUCAGGACCUCGAAACUUUGAGAUCUUUUGCUGAUGUGGAAGGGAAGAAUUUAGCUUCUUUGCUGUUACAUUGUGUACAACUCAAGGAUGGAGUAUCACAAAUCCAUUAUGUUAAACAGAUUGUGCCUUUACUGGAGAAGGCAGAUACAAAUGGUGUGUGUGAUCCGGCUAUUCGGAGCUGUUUGGACAUUUUAGCAGGCAUUUAUUAUUCUUUGAGUCUAAAGAACCCCUUGAAGAAAGUACUGGCAAGCUCACUAAAUGGCUUACCUGAAUUUUUUCAAACUGAGGCUAUACACAGUUUUACUUCUCAUCUUGAAGAAGAAUUGAAUACUACUGAUCUGUACUCUUAUAGGAAAGUAGUUGACAAUAUAUCUUCCUGUAUGGAGAAUUUUGACUUGGGUAGAGCAAGUGUUAAUAAUCUGCUUCAAAAUGUGCUUCAUUUUCUGUGGAAGAGUUUAAUUGAAAUCCUGGAAGAAAAUAGAAAGUUUGCUGGAAAUCAUAUUGUUCAAACGCAGUUGAUGAAUGACUUGUUGGUAGGCAUUAGAGUUUCAAUGACAUUAGUGCAGAAAGUGCAAGAUUUUCAAGAGAAUCUUUGGAAAGCUUCUAGUUCUCCCAUAUGGCAAAGUAUGUGUGGCUUGCUGGGUAUUUUCACCAAGUUUUUAAGUGAUGAUGACCUACUACAGACAAUUCAGAGUACUUCUGGAUUAGCCGUUAUUCUUUUUAUUAAGACUAUGUUUCAGCCGUCUGAAAAUAUUCCUGAGUUGAUUAGCAGUUUACUUCUCCGUUCCGUGGACUGCGCCAGGGUCCCAGAGUGGUUGAUGAGCAGCUGCAGGAGCCUGUGCUGUGCUGACAUCCCUCCCUCUGCUCUCCUAUUCCUGUGUCAGGGGACACUGGCAAUGCUGGACUGGCAGAACGGCAGCAUGGGCCCCGGCGGGGAGACCCUGCUCUUGGAUACUGUGCACGUUUUGUUCACCCUGAGUUCACAGAUUAAAGAAUCAACACUGGAAAUGUUUCUGUCUCGAAUCUUGGUGUUGUGGACAAAUUCAGCCAUACAUAUCCUUGAGUCAAGUUCCCCAGCCCUGAAGGACAGUCUGAAUGGAAACUCAAGCAUCGUGGGGAGACUUUUGGAAUAUAUCUAUACCCACUGGGAACAUCCAUUGGAUGCUCUGAGACACCAGACCAAAAUCAUAUUCAGAAAUCUUCUCCAAAUGCACCGGCUCACUGUGGAAGGGGCAGAUUUGGUCCCCGAUCCUUUCUUUUUGGAACUGACUCAGAUUCUCCUGCGAUUGGAAUGGCAUAUUAAAGGAAAGUACACAUGCCUUGGCUGUUUGGUAGAAUGCAUAGGAAUUGGACAUAUUUUGGCAAUAGAUAAUACUAUUCCAUCUCAAAUCUUAGAGGUGAUGGGGGACCAGUCGUUGGUACCUUAUGCAAGCGACCUCUUGGAAACCAUGUUUAAAAAUCAUAAGAAGCAUCUGAAAUCCCAGACUGCUGACAGCACUUGGAUUGACCAGUGGCAUGAGACUUGGGUUUCUCCUCUCCUUUAUAUACUGUGUGAAGGAAACUUGGAUCAAAAAUCUUAUGUGAUUGAUUAUUACUUGCCAAAAUUAUUGAAUUAUAGCCCUGAAAGCUUAAGAUACAUGGUAAAGAUUCUUCAGACUUCUAUUGAUGCUAAAACUGAGCAGUCUUCUCCAUCCUUAGGGUCCUCUAGUAGCAGAGGGGCUCUGGGAGCUCUGAUGGCAUGUCUCCGCGCAGCCAGAGCUCAUGGACACCUUCAGUCUGCAACUGAUGCCUGGGAGAACCUUGUGUCCAGUGCAAGGAUAAAACAAGGCUUAAUUCAUCAGCACUGCCAAGUUCGGAUAGAUACAUUAGGCUUGCUUUGUGAAAGCAGUCGAAGCACAGAAAUUAUUUCUGCAGAAGAAAUGCAGUGGAUUCAGUUCUUUAUCACGUACAAUCUUAAUAGCCAGUCUCCAGGAGUGCGGCAGCAGAUCUGUUCUCUUCUCAAAAAGUUGUUUUGUAGGAUACAAGAAAGUUCUCAGGUACUUUAUAAAUUGGAGCAAGGUAAAUCCAAACAUGAACCAGAGAAUGGGUUAACCAGAGAGCAACCUUCUGUUUCUUUACAGCAAUAUAAGAAUUUCAUGUCAUCUAUUUGCAACAGUCUUUUUGAGGCACUGUUUCCUGGAUCUUCCUAUUCAACUAGAUUUUCGGCUUUAACCAUCUUAGGCUCAAUAGCUGAAGUUUUUCCUGCAGUCGAAGGUAGAGUCCAAGUGGUAUAUCAGCUGAGUCAUGAUAUUGAUGCGAGUCGUUUCCAAACACUAAUAGAAUGCUUCACCAGCACUUUUGAAGAAGUGAAAACUCUAGCAUUUGAUCUGCUCAUGAAGUUAUCAGUAACACCUAUACAAUUUCAGGAUACCGGGAAACUGCAAGGCUUAUUCCAGGCAGCUCUGGAGCUCAGCACGAGCACAAAACCAUAUGACUGUGUAACAGCUUCCUACCUGCUGAACUUCUUAAUCUGGCAGGAUGCUGUGCCGUCAUCCCUAUCUGCCUACCUAACCCAGAGUGCUGCACAAAGCGAUGAAAACAAGCCUGCUUCUGUGGCGGAAAGGAACACAUUAACGGUUAUCAAGUGCUUGAUAGAAAAUCUUGAGGAAGAUGUGUCUCAGGCUGAAAACUCUCUGCUUCAGGCAGCAGCAUCCUUCCCGAUGUACGGGCGCGUCCACUGUAUAACAGGAGCUCUGCAGAAGUUACCGCUGGACAGCCUGCAGCUGGUAAGUGAGUGGACAGCUGUGGUGGAGAAGCUCCUAUUGAUGUCCUACAGGAUUUCGGCUGUGGUGGCUCCUGUCAUUCAGAGCUCCUCCCCUGAGGGCCUCAUCCCCAUGGACACAGACUCAGAAUCAGCAAGCCGCUUACAAGUGAUUCUCAAUGAGAUUCAGCCACGAGAUACUAAUGAUUAUUUCAACCAAGCCAAAAUACUGAAAGAAUGUGAUAGCUUUGAUUUGGAGGAUUUGAAUGUCUGUGUGUCAAACAUUGAUACUUUUGCAGAUAUCAGAGGUAAAGAAGGAAAAACAUGUGAUGUCACUGCUCAGAUGGUGCUGGUAUGUUGUUGGAGAAGCAUGAAGGAAGUUGCCUUACUUUUGGGCACCCUGUGCCAGCUUCUACGCAUGCAGCCUGUGCCAGAAUCAUCUGCUGGAUUGUUAACAGUGGAGCAGGUAAAAGAAAUAGGAGAGUACUUUAAACAACACCUUUUACAGUCCAGGCACAGAGGAGCAUUUGAACUGGCUUAUACGGGUUUUGUGAAACUCACCGAAAUACUAAACAGGUGCCCUAAUGUGAAUCUGCAAAAGCUGCCGGAACAGUGGUUGUGGAAUGUUUUGGAGGAAAUUAAAUGCAGUGACCCUUCAUCCAAACUCUGUGCUACAAGGCGCAGUGCUGGGAUCCCUUUCUACAUACAGGCAUUGUUGGCAUCUGAACCAAAGAAAGGCAAAAUGGAUUUGUUGAAAAUAACAAUGAAAGAGUUAAUCUUUUUGGCUGGGCCCACAGAUAACUCACAGAGCACAGUCCCCCAGGUCCACGCUCUCAAUAUCCUCCGUGCAUUAUUCAGAGACACGCGUCUGGGAGAGAAUGUCAUUCCUUUUGUUGCUGAUGGAGCCAAGGCUGCAAUUCUGGGCUUUACCUCACCAGUCUGGGCAGUGCGAAAUUCAUCCACUCUUCUCUUUAGUUCCUUGAUCACAAGGAUAUUUGGAGUUAAACGGGGAAAGGAUGAACAUUCGAAAACAAAUAGAAUGACAGGCAGAGAGUUUUUCUCUAGAUUCCCAGAACUCUAUCCUUUUCUUCUCAAGCAGUUGGAAGCUGUAGCCGAUACAGUGGACAGUGAUACGGGAGAACCAGGUCGUCACCCAAGCAUGUUCCUCUUGCUUUUGGUACUGGAGAGACUCUACCCUUCCCCGAUGGAUGGCGCUUCUUCUGCUCUCAGCCUGGCACCUUUUGUCCCCUUCAUUAUAAGGUGCGGCCGCUCACCUAUCUACCGCUCCCGGGAAAUGGCAGCCCGUGCUUUGGUCCCACUUGUUAUGAUAGACCAGGUUCCCAGUACUAUCCGAGCCCUGCUGGCUACACUCCCCAACUGCACUGACCAGUGCUUCCGGCAAAACCAUAUUCAUGGGACCCUUCUCCAGGUUUCUCACUUGUUACAAGCCUACGCAGACUCCAAGCACAGGAUGGACUCAGACUUUCAGCAGGAGCUGACUGACAUCGCUGUUUGCACCAAAGCCAAACUCUGGCUGGCCAAGAGGCAAAAUCCAUGUUUGGUGACCAGAGCUGUGUAUAUUGAUAUUCUCUUCCUGUUGACUUACUGCCUCGACCAACCCACAAAGGGCAACCAGCCAGUUCUGGAGAGACUUGGCUUCUGGGAGGAAGUCAGAGGGAUCGUCUCGGAAUCAGAGCUGAUAACAGGACUCCCCUGCACCUUUAAGGUGCCAGGCCUCCCCCAGUACCUCCAGAGCCUCACCAAACUAGCCAUUGCUGCAGAGAGGGCAGUGCUGGCAAGCGCCAGCGAGCAGACAAGGGAUGUGCCCGCCAUCUGCUCGCAGCUGCUGGGCUCUUCCUUUCCUGAAGUGCGUCUGCUCACCCUGGAAGCCCUGUUGGAAAGGUUCACAGCAGGAGCCUCUGGAUCACUGAGCAGCAUGGGAGAGGACUUCCUGCUACUGGCCGUGAAGGAAAGCCACCCAGAGUGUCUCUGCAAGAUACUGAUGAUUCUGCACUGCAUGGACCCCAGCGAAUGGCUUCCCCUCACGGAGCGCUGUAUCCAUAUAACUCCCACGGAGUUUUGGAUCUGGACGAUGGACAUUGCUUCCACUGACAGAUCUGAAAUCCAGGGUGUGGCUCUGAGACUCACCUCCAAACUGAUUGCCUACCACAUGAAAAGAGAGGAGGAGAGCAGGGACUCGCUAGCCCCCCAGCUGAAGCGGUGGGUGCAGCUGGUCGUCUUGUCCUGUGGAGACCGUCUUCCCACCGAGUCUAGGCUGGCAGCUGCUGAGGUCCUCACCAGCACUGCACCACUGGUCCUCACCAGCCCCUGUCCAGUUCUUGAGUUGCAAGAUACACUUGCUCUGUGGAGAUGUGUCCUCACCCUCCUACAGAGUGAAGAGCAAGCCGUACGAGAUGCAGCCACAAAAACCGUGACGACAGCACUAUCACAGGAAAACACCUGCCAGUCAACAGAGUUCGCCUUCUGCCAGGUGGAUGCCUCCAUCGCGCUGGCCCUAGCCUUGGCUGUCCUGUGUGACUUGCUGCAGCAGUGGGACCAGCUGGACCCUGGCGUGCCCGUCCUGCUGGGAUGGCUGCUCGGAGAAGGCGAUGACCCUGUGGGCCACGUGGAGAGUGCACAUCAGGGAGAAGACGACUACCUGUUUGAAAAAGCAGAAGUCAACUUUUGGGCAGAGACCCUGACCUUCGUGAAACACCUCUACAGGCAACUCCUGCAUCUCCUCUGCAGGUCGGGCUGGCGUGCCCCCAGCCCUGAGAGCCUAGGUCACCUGCAGAGGACCGCGGCAGAGCAGCAGCUCCUCCUCUCGCAGCUCUUCAGGGAGCUUCCCCCCACUGCCGAGUUUGUGAAGACCCUGGAGUUCACGAGACUGCGUAUUCAAGAGGAAAGGACUUCGGCUGGCUUGAGGCUGCUGGCCUUUCUGGCAGGAAACGAAAAGGAGGCCCCUGUUCUCAACACCUCGGACCCUCCUGCAGGAGCAAGUCACUUAACUCGCCCAAGAACUGAAGCACCACGUUGAAGAAAGGCUGGGGGGCGGGGGGAGAGCUGGGCUGUUCUGCCACUAACUCUGUAAGGAACGUGUCAAACAUAAAUUCAGAUUUUUUUCUGUUAUGCCUCCCCCUCUCCUGUGGGUCUAGUCUCCUGUCACUUCCUACGGAAGAAUUUUUCUUCAGUUCUUUCAUUCAAGGCAGCCGAGUUUAUUGCAGCUACUGUAGGAAGUGAGGCUACCACGCUGAAUAGUUACUCUGUCCCCAGGUGCUGGCCACCUGCGAGCCUGAAUUAGCCUUUCCGCCCAGCAUUUUCUGUGAACUGACUACGCAGAAUUGGAUUUUAACACACAUCCCUCUUUUUUUUUUUUUUAAAGCUAUAUGGAGAGGCUGGAUUAGUUGGCAAACAGCCCAUUUGGUCGUACUUUUAAAUUUCACUCCAUUUUAACAAAGCAGAAAUAUGUUCCAAAUGUUGGAUCCUGGGAGAAUUAAGUAAGGAUCAACCUCAUGCAAAUAAUUUAUUUUUAUUGUCUGCAUCUGUGAGUCCUGCGGUGGCCCGCACAUUCCAUCCUCAUUAUUAAAAGCCCCAUUGAGAGCUGCUCCUGUCUCCCUCAAAAAUACGUGCUAAGCUAAGAGCAGGUCUGCCAGCCAGUGAAGCACAUACUCUUGGCUGUGAGAAGGAAGCUGGGGAAGGAGACCCAGCACAAGUGGUCCACCUGAGGCCUACGCUGUUUACCAUCAUGUGCUCGGUGACAGUAACAGGAAGAUUCCCAUUUAAGAUGCCACUGAAUACAUUUAUCCAUUUCAGGGACUUGAUCUAGAAACUGACAUUUCCAAACCCAUCCAGCCUUCUUCCUCAGGUCGCCAGCAGGUGGCACUCUUGCAUGUGUUUUGCUGGUCUUGGAUUUCACCAUUUUUAAUGUGUGCUGUACUCUCAGUGUUACCACAGUUACAUUGAAAUGCUCGCUCGGAUAUGUUGUAGUCAUCCACAUUCAUUUUUUGAUCCUAGUUAUCUGCAAAGGGCUUUUCAGUCAUAGUAAACUUGUAGAAUAUAUAGAUACUUUUAAACACUUCUCUGAGUAGUCACUGGAAAGUUAUUUUGUUUGAAGAGCUAAAAACAGGUUAGAGGGGAGAGAGUUUGCUGUGGCCAUUUCCUACUGCAGAAAAGCUGAAAUUUCAAAUAAAAAAUUUGUCUCUCUGAGAGAAAGCGACCAAAUACUAAAACUGUGGCCAUGCUGGACGUAUAGAAAAAGGGAUCUGCAGGGAAGAGGGGGAAAGAAGUUAGCUCAGUGUCCAGAGUUUCAUGCUAAAGAGAGCAGAAAAUUCCCUGGGUGAUUUCGCAACCUUUCGGCCCCAAAUGUGGUUUCUCUGAUCCUGAAUUAAAUACCUAGUGAGGAUCUGUGUAGUCCACACCUGAUGGAAAGCUGCCAAGCUGACAUGUCUGCUCUGUUGUUAGACCUAACUGGGAAGAAGGCAGGACUGGUGUGUGACGUGGUGAUAACCAGAGGCCAGCUCUGAACAGGGCCCAGCAAAGCUCAGUCCCAUGGAGAAGAGCAGCGUUCCCUUUCUCCUUAUUUAAGCAGUUGUGUAAUAAACAUUUUACACAGCAGAUACUCCUCACCAAAGCCUGUACCAGAACAUGUUUAUACACUUAUCUCCAGGAUCCUUUUACCAGUCUACAAAGUGAAUGUUCUUGCUACUGUGGACGGUACUGCCCGAUUUGGAGGGCAGGAGAAAGAGAUGUUUGUCUGGUUUGGUAUCUGCAAUCUUGCUCCUAACCUAAUAGCACUGGCUGGGGAAACAGCUGCUUCACACUUUCCUGAUGCAUUCUUCAGAGAAACCUCGAAGACCAUCCUCUCAGGGCCUCCGACUCUCGUGUUUGGGGUCGUUUCAACGAAUAAAACAGUGUUAGCCACAGCUGCCCAGCCCUGUAGGGGGGCGGGGAGUGAAGCAGUCAUUCUUCCUGAGGGUCUCUAGCUAGUCCUGGCAUCAAGCUCUAGCGUGCAAGAUUUGGGUGGCCCCUGACUCUGUAAUGGGCCUGGGGACCUCCAUCCAUCUGGACAUAGCCCAGAAGCCUGGCUUUCUCCAUUAGAAUUCGUUAAGUUGUUACAAUGCAUCUCGUGGUUUGUACUUAAUUAAAUACCUCCCUGGGUGUCUCA